UACCACUACUCCAACCUCCUGAGCCCCACCAGCAACACUCAGUACUCGGGGCUUCCAGCAGGGGGCUCCCUGGAGCAGUACCGGGACGGACCACUGGGGGGCAGCAGCACCUCUCUGGAGGAGAGGCCCAGAGCCAUCAGCAGGUCGGGAUCCUUCAGGGACAGCACCGAUGAAGUCCAUGGCUCCUCUCUCUCUCUAGUAUCCAGUACUUCGUCCCUCUACUCAGCGGUUCUGUUCUACCUGGAGAAGACGGAGGAGAAAGCUCACUCUGAGGGCCAAACGGGGCAGAACUCCACGCAAAUCCGUAAGCUGCGUCGGGAGCUGGAUGCGUCUCAGGAGAAGGUCGCCACACUGACCUCCCAGCUCUCCGCCAACGCCCACCUGGUGGCAGCGUUCGAGAUGAGUCUGGGGAACAUGACGUGCCGCCUGCAGAGUCUCACCAUGACCGCCGAGCAGAAGGAAUCGGAGCUGGCUGAGUUGAGGGAGACCAUUGAGAUGUUGAAGACUCAGAACACCGACGCCCAGACCGCCAUCCAGGUGGCGCUGAACGGCCCGGACCACCUGAACAAAGACCUGCGCAUUAGGAGGCAGCACUCCUCUGAGAGCAUGUCCAGCAUCACCAGCGGGGCGAGCCACGCCAGCCUGGGCAGCCUGGGGAGGGACCCCGACGAGAAGAAGAGGAAGAAGAAGAGCUGGCUGCGGAGUUCCUUCAAACAGGCCUUCAGCAAGAAGAAGAGCCGCUCCUCCUCCUCCCACGAGGAGUCGGAGGAGAUGAGCGACUCCCUGCCCUCCUCCCCCAAGCUCCCCCAGCGUAACCACGGUGACCAGGCCGACCAGGGUAACCACGGCAACCGCCUGGUCAGCCCCGCCGCCACCGCCGGGCUGCGCUGUUCACCGUCCGGCACGGAGCUGUACGAGUGCUCGGAGGCGGAGACGCAGGUGAUCCUGCAGCUGAAGAACGAGCUGCGGGAGAAGGAGCUGAAGCUGACGGACAUCCGGCUGGAGGCCCUGAGCUCCGCCCACCACCUGGACCAGAUCCGCGAGGCCAUGAACCGCAUGCAGAACGAGAUCGAGACGCUAAAGGCGGAGAACGACCGCCUCAAGUCCAGCGGGAACGCCACGCCCACGGCCACGCCCCUCAAGACGGCCCGCCCCCCCUCCGAGACCUCCAGCACCUCCUCCUCCUCCUCCCGCCAGUCGCUCGGCCUGUCACUCAACAACCUCAACAUCACCGACACCAUCAUGUCAGAUAUCCUCCUUGACGACGGCUACGAGGGCAACGUGCGUAAGGAGGGCCGCAGCGUGAGGAUCGUGGUCUCGGUCAACAGCCACGGCCACAACACCAAGGGCCUGAAAACCCAGGACUACCUGAUCGGGUCCAUCGGGGUCAGUGGGAAGACCAAGUGGGACGUCCUGGACGGGGUCAUCAGACGGCUCUUCAAGGAGUACGUGUUCCGGGUGGACCCGUUGACCAGCCUGGGUCUGGGGUCCGACAGCAUUUUGAGCUACAGGAUGGGGGAGGUGGUCCGAGGGCCGUCCUCCCAGCUCCCCGAGCUGCUUCCCUGCGCCUACCUGGUGGGCCACAACAACCUGAUCCAGGUCCAGCUCAAAGGAGUGAAGGAGAACAGCAUCGACAGCCUGGUGUUUGACACCCUGGUUCCCAAGGCGAUCAUCCAGCGGUACCUCAACCUGCUCUCGGAGCAUCGCCGCAUCAUCCUGUCUGGCCCCAGCGGCACCGGGAAGUCCUUCCUGGCCGCCAAGCUGGCCGCCUACAUCGUCGCCCAGACAGGAAGUGAGGUCACCGAGCACACGGUAGCCAGCUUCAACGUGGACCAGAAGUGCAGCAAGGACCUCCGUCAGUACCUCUCCACGCUGGCUGAGCGAUGUGCGUCGGAGCAGACGGACUCGGACCUCCCCACCGUGGUCGUCCUGGACAACCUGCACCACAUCGGCUCCCUCAGCGACAUCUUCAACGGCUUCCUCAACUGCAAGUACCACAAAUGCCCCUAUGUGAUCGGAACCAUGAACCAGGGCAUGUCCUGCUCUCCUAACCUGGGUCUCCACCACAACUUCAGGUGGGUGCUGUGUGCUAACCACACUGAGCCGGUGAAGGGCUUCCUGGGCCGCUUCCUGCGGCGGAAGCUGAUCGAGACGGAGAUCUCCCGGAACACGAGGAGCACGGAGCUCAUCAAGGUCGUGGAUUGGCUGCCCCGGGUCUGGCAGCACCUCAACGGCUUCCUGGAGGCCCACAGCUCCUCCGACAUCACCAUAGGUCCCCGUCUGCUGCUGUCCUGCCCCAUGGACGUGGCGGGAUCCCGGCUGUGGUUCACCGACCUGUGGAACUACUCCCUAGUGCCCUACCUGCUGGAGGCCGUCCGAGAGGGGCUGCAGCUGUACGGGAAGCGGGCGGCCUGGGAGGACCCGUCCAAGUGGGCCAACGAGACCUACCCUUGGAGCCCCGCCCCCCAGCCCCACGACAGCCAAUCGCUGCUGCUGCAGCUGCGGCCGGAGGACGUGGGCUACGACGGCUUCGGGGGCUCCAAGGACGGCUCCUCCCCCUCCUCCUCCUCCAAGCCCGUCUCCCAGAGCGACACCGAGGGCGACCCGCUGAUGAGCAUGUUGCUACGGCUACAGGAGGCGGCCAACUACUCCACUCAGAGCUGCGACAGCGACAGUGCCAGUCACCAUGACGACCAGCUGGACUCCUCGCUGGAGUCGGCGCUAUGAGGAGUUCUGAAUCCCGGAGCCAAAUCCGAAACACGGACCGAUUCCGGAACAUUCUGCCAGACCGGGUUCUGACGUGGACACACAGAGUCCUACUAUGACCCCAGACGUUACCUUAAAGUAUAUUAUAGUAUGACGACAACCACACACACACACACUCCUCAGAGUUACCUUAAAGUUUAUUAUAGUAUAAUACCAACCACACACACACACACAGUCCCUCAGAGGUUGAUAGCACAAAUCUUAUAAUUCCACGAGGGUUGGACUUUACGACCUGAGGGGGUGAUCAGCACUUUGACCGAUCAAUAAGAGUAUUAUCGU